GAGCGUCCGUCAGGAAAAAGGAAACAGAAACGGAAGCACCUGUAUCAUAGCAGUGCCGAGAGCGCCGGCGAAGGCCCAUCCAGAGGCGGUGCUAUGCUUCCGGCGCUGCCCCUUUGGUUGACCCCAGUCUCGGCGGUGCACAUUGCGACUCGUCAAAGGGACCCCAGCAAUCCGCCUGUCGCUGUCGGGCCUUCUCCUGGAUCGUCGUCACCUGAGCAGCACUUGCCGGCUGCAAGACGCUCCCAAAGAGGAUCUGGUCCAUCGUCAUCAACACGUGAACAUCCGCCACCGGCAACUGGCGGCCCGCUGCCGCAACGAUAUACGCCAGUACCCACCACAACACCUCCGUACCCCGCCGACGUCGAGCGUGGCCUUGGUGACCCCACACCGCCCCACCCCAAAAAGCGACGGCUCCUUGAAUUUCUGUCUGAUACAGCCAGACUCGAAAAAACUCCACCGGGACACCGCCAGCCGCUUGGGCGUCUCGCGCUGACGUCAACAGCGAGCCACAUGGCGUCAAGCUCCCAAAUGGCCUCAGGCCCACCGCAAGUGCCUAGUCCAGCAGAGACACAUGGUAGACCGUCUGGGAGCGGCGGCGACAUCAUUCCGUCUUUGUCUCUGCCGCUCAAGAAGCGCCCACUGCGGGGACCUGCAGCUCCCGGCCACGCAGCGGCCGCCGCUGCCACGCCUCUUGUCCGGCAGCCCCCUUUCCCCUCGGGAUCGCUCGCGAGUGCGGGCACUACAUCUGGAACGCCAUCCCAGCCACCAUCUUCCAUGGAGCCGUCAGCACCUGCGUCGGCGCCUGCAGGUGACCCAGGUGUAGAACCGCGUGGACAGCUUCGCCCUCCAGAUCCCCACUGAUGCCUUGUCUCAUGCACUGCAAUCAGAGCAUCAGUGAUGAGCCGGGUACAAGGAUGUGAGCAGGCGGUUGGCAUGCGACACACCUGCGUCGACCCGAAAUCCUGAUAUGCAUAUCAUGCGGGAUCCUCGCCUCGAUUUCGGACUACAUAGAAGAUGGUGACCGAGGCUGCCUGGAAAGACAGACCGUUCGGUUGCCGGCGUUGGACACGAGACGAUGUAACGUCGCCAGUGUUUUCCCGCCCGCUCCACGUAACAGCAUCGCCACAUUAGUCACUAGUCCUCUCAUCCCCAUGACGUACAUGCGUGCGCCGAACACACGUGUCUUCUUCAUCUAAUGCUUUGCAGAAACACGUCUAUCGAUUUCUCUACAUUGGCUUGCGGAUGGGUAGAAGGGCGAGUAUACGCCAGACUGACGCCGGUCUGUUGUUCCCGUUCGUGAUGAGCCAUUUGUCGCGGUGGUCCGUGACUAUUCGCCCUUGCGCCUCACGCCGGGUUAACCAGCUUUAACGCGUGUGCCACAGACAUCGAGUCGGGGAGAUGCACUUUUCCAUUCGGUCUUGAUGGCCGCGCCUCUCGUAUGUGGUGCGAUGGAUAAAAGACUCCAAUGAC